AAGCUUCGGCUUCGGCUUCGGUUUGCCGAAGCUUCGGCAAUUUUGCCGAAGCUUCGGUUCGGCCGAAGCCAUGGGCGUUUUUUGCCGAAUCAUUGGCUUCGGCAAAAAAAUGGACAUUACUAAGCUGGCAUUCGACUGAGGAAGACAUUUUUUAAACGUUCACACGUUGUCUGUUUUCCGAAUAAAACGUAGUUGAACGUUCAAAAUUCUUCUUUUUCUUUUCUUCUUCUGAGAAAUUUAAAUAAGCCUCUGAUUUAUACAGUUGCGAAGAUUAAAUGAAUCCAGCAACGGCUUUUGGAGGUGGCAAGGCCGCGUGUAGGGCGGCUAAAAACGGCACGAUAGCGGAUAGAAAGUAAAGUUACUUAAUGAAACACAUUGAUUUUUUUAUAAUCACUCAAUAUAAGCUGAUUUAAAUAAACUGUAACAUUAUAGUAAACUUUAUAUAAUUAAAUACCAUAAUAUAAUUAAAUACCAAAAUUAUUAAAAUUUAAUUUUUUUAGCAUUUAGUUAUUAGUUAGCAUCAACUUCUAAAAUCCGAGUUAUGUUAAAUUAUAUAUUUUUUAAUAUUAAAUUAAAAUUAAAAAUUAAACCUGGAAAUAAAUCUUCAUUUAAAUUUACUUAGAUGUAACUAAAACAUAGCGCACGAGAGUUAAGAGAGUUAACUAUUCUCGAAAUUUUUAAAAAUCUAUACAAUAAGUUAAUUUUAACGCACAAAACAAUUUUUAUUCAGAAAGUUUGUUUUACUAAGUCACAGACAGAACGCAGAAAGACACUACACAGAAAGACACUACACAGAAAAGACACUACACAGAAAAGCACAAUUGAAAUGUAAGUCAAUUGCGUUUGUUUUUGAUUUUGUAUGCUGGAUCAUUAGUAAAAGUAAAUAUACCUGCUCUACAAAUAUAGGUUAAUUGGUUAUUUACGACUUCGAUUUUUUUUAAUUCAAAUAAUAUUUGAAUCAAAAAAUUGAACGAAUAUUGUUUAUUUCAAUAAAUAUUAUUAAAGGUAAGAAAAUAAUUAAACUUUCUAUUUCAAUUUUCAGAAUUGUUAUUAUAACUUUAAGUUAUCCAUUAGCGCAUUAUGGCUACCUCAUCGCGAAGUAAAAAUCCCUUAUGGAAUCAUUUUAAAGUGAGUGAUGAAGAUGUUGGCAAAGCCAUCUGCAUACUUUGCAAGAAGAUUUUGUCUAGAGGAAGUAAAGACGCACACAACAUGUCAACAACAAAUUUACAAAACCAUCUGAAAAAAGUACAUUACAAUAUACAUAGCAUGAUUCUUUCUCAGAAGAAAAUUAUUAACCACGAAUCUUUACCAAAUCCAAAUGAAAAGUCUAUAAAACAACUUUGCACUACUCGAACAAUAUGCUUAGAUAGAACAAGCUCUGCUGAAUCAGUGCAAAUCAUUACCAGCACUGCCACAGAUGAAACGCAGGGAAGCUCGCGUGUGUCUAAUAACACAAUUGCCUUUUUUCAAAAAGCAUCGACACAGGUCUCACUGCGGGAGAUUUUGCAAAGAAAAGAAUUGUGGCAACUUGAUAAUCCUAAGGCUCAAGCUAUUACCAAGCUUAUUGGAGAAAUGAUAUGUUUAGACUUGCAGCCAUACUGUAUUGUUGAAGAUAAAGGUUUUAUCCGACUUUUAAAGAACUUAGCUCCAAACUAUACAAUACCUAGUCGAAAGUAUUUCUCCACAAAAGUCAUUCCACUGAUGUAUGAAACCAUAAAAGCCAAAGUAAAAUAUGAGCUUGAUCAAGCAGAUUUCUUAAGUUUAACUAGUGAUGGUUGGACCUGUCAGCACACAAUUCAAUCGUAUUACAGUUUAACAGCUAGAUUUGUGCUGUGGCUAAACUAAAGGAAAUUCAAAGUCAACUAAAAUUGCCAGAGCAUAACAUAAUUCAAGAUGUUUCCACAAGAUGGAAUUUGACAUACUAUAUGCUUGAAAGGUUCAUUGAGCAGAAAAAAGCUAUUACAUUGUAUUGCAUUACCAGAAAUCAAGCAAAUGCAAAAAAUCCUACGGAAAAUCAAUGGCAACUUGCUGAAAUGCUUGUAUGCAUAUUAAAACACUUCGAAAGUACUACAAAAGACAUGAGUAAAGAAACGGCAUGUAUAUCAGAGAUUAUACCAUUUAUCUAUGCAAUGGAAAAGUUUCUAGACUACGCUUGUGACACGGCAACUGAAAUAAAAACUGUUGUUGAUGAACUUAAGAAAGAUUUUAACUGUCGUUUUCAAAAAUACAAGGAUAAUGUUGAUUUAAAAAUCGCGAUGAUGCUUGAUCCUCGUUUCAAGUUAAAGUUUGUUGAAGACAAGAAUCAUAAUAUGUUUAAAGAAAUACUCCAUUUAGAGUUCUACAGUUUUUGUUCCAAAUCUCAUUUAGAACAAGUAAAAGAAAUUGAAUUUGGUGUAGCAAGAGGUAGUGGAUCAGACUCAGAAGAAUCAUUAAGUUCAUUUUCAGAAUCUAAAAUUCAUGAGUCCGACUCAGAUUUUGAUGGCCAUGGCUCUCCAUUAAAAAAAAAAAAACUAAUGAGCAUGGACAUAUAUAGCUUGUUCCACCAAAUCGGUGCAAAUGAGUAUGCUCUACAAAAUUCAGAAAAUUCUGACGGACGGAGAAAAAAGAAAAAAAACACUAGUUCAAUGGGAAAAACUCUAACUGUCAAAGAAAAAUGCACCGAUGAAGUCAACUUCUACUUGAGCCUUCCAAUACUGCCAAAGAAUGAAUGCCCUUAUAAGUGGUGGAGUGCAUACCGUUACACUUCCUCUGAUAAAGAUACUUACAAGUUGAAUUUGUCAAAGUUUUCAAAGAAAGUUUUGUGCGCGCCUCCUUCAUCUGUAAAAAGUGAACGCUUAUUUAGCACAUCUGGAAACAUAUUUGAAGCAAAAAGAAACAGACUAUUACCCGAACAUGGAGAACAGAUUGCAUUUUUAAAUUGUAAUAUGCCUGCUUUCAUUGAAUAAAUUUUUAUUAACUAAAUAAUAGACUGUAGCUUCUUAGUUCAACUGAUUCAACUUUUUAACAAAAUUUAAAACAAAUACCAAAUUUUGUGUUCAAAUUAAAAUAAUGACUACUUUUAUAUUUUUACAUUUUACGUGUUUACAUUUUUAUAAAUUCUUUCAAAGAAUAGACCAUAAUUUACCUUAAGUAUCAGUAAAUGUCUAAGAUUUAGUGAUGUAAUCUUUCCUAUACCUGCUAGAUAUAUAGAGUUAAGACUCUAAAUUUCACUCUCUAAAUUUUUGUACAAAAUUUGUUUAAUUUUUUAUAAUAUUGGUUUUGUUUUAUAAUUUUCCUAAAAUGGGCAUGUAGGCCAAAACAUUGAAACCUAAAACAUUGAUAUAUAAUUUUGAAAGCAACUUGAUUAUUCAAAGCACCGUGGUGAAGUAAAUUGAGCUUUAAAUUACGUAUAGCUUAAGCCGAAGCUUCGGCUUCGGCAAAGUGGCUUCGGCCGAAGCUUCGGCUUCGGCAAAAUUGCAGCUUCGGUA